AUGAUAACGAAGUACUUUGCCAACGUAGCUGUGAAAUUCGACCCCUUUUCAGCUGGUGGAAGAGCCGCCAGAUUAUUUCUUGCCAGAGUGCCUCUGUCAGCCAAAAUCGAUUACAAGGUCUUACCUAAGGAAUCAACAGACAAACCUGAGAUCAAAGUUACAUUUAAGGACAAGUUCGUGAUGGAAGCAGAUCCUUCAGAAAUGAACAUUAAUGAUUUGAGAGACCACUUCAAUACCCACUCUAGAAAGUUGGCCAUCAAGGAUGCCAUUUCUGAGUAA